AUGAUUCAAAAUACCGUUAAAAACGACAACCUCCUUUCUCUCUCACGAAAAUGCAAAACCCUAAACCAGCUCAAGCAAAUCCAUGCCCAUUUACUCAUAUCCCGCAUACCCCAAAACCCAUACGCCAUCGCCCCUCUCCUUUCCGCCGCCGCUACCUCCGGCAACGCUUCUUUCUUUUCCUAUGCUCGCUCCAUUUUCGACCGUCUUCUUCAUAGAAACACCUUUAUGUACAAUUCAAUGAUCAGAGGCUACGUUCAAUCGCGCUCGCCUGUGGCCGCUUUUUGUUGCUAUUUGGACAUGUUGGAUCAGGGGCUCGCUGCGAAUAAUUUUACAUUUCCGCCAUUGAUCAAAGCUUGUGCGAUUCUCGUCCCGAAUUCGAGGCUAACCGGUCGUUUAGUUCAUGCCCAUGUUGUUAAAUUUGGGUUUCUCGAAGACCUAUUUACCAUUAGUGCGCUCAUUGAAUUUUACUCUUUGCUUCAUGACAUGGAAACUGCGCGUCUUUUGUUUGACAGAAGUCCGCAGAAGGACGUGGUUGUGUGGACGGUGAUGGUUGAUGGGUAUGGGAAAAUGGGGGAUGUUCAGAAUGCAAGACAACUGUUUGAGGAAAUGCCCGAGAAGAAUGCUAUUUCUUGGAGUGCAAUGAUGGCUGCUUAUUCUAGGGUGAGUGAUUUCAAAGAGGUGCUCUGUUUAUUCAAGCAAAUGCAAGAAGCAGGCACCAACCCUAAUGAGUCGGUUCUGGUUAGUGUUCUUACUGCUUGUGCUCAUCUUGGAGCUGUCACGCAAGGAUUGUGGGUCCACUUCUAUGCUAAGCAGAACAAACUUGACUUGAAUCCAAUAUUGGCUACUGCAUUGGUUGAUAUGUACUCAAAAUGUGGAUAUGUGGAAUCAGCUUUAGCAGUUUUUGAUGGCAUUGCUAAUAAGGAUACUGAAGCAUGGAACGCCAUGAUUACGGGACUUUCGAUGAAUGGGUUUGCAAGGGAAUCACUGGAACUCUUCAAUAAGAUGGCUAGUGAUGGAAUGCAACCCACAGAGACUACAUUUGUUGCCGUCCUCUCUGCCUGUACACAUGGGAAAAUGGUUGACGAGGGGCUUGAAUUGUUUGAUCAAAUGGGUAUCAUCUAUGAGGUUAAACCCUGGCUUGAGCACUAUGCGUGUGUUGUUGAUCUUUUGGCAAGGUCAGGUAUGGUAGAGGAAGCUGAGAAAUUCAUAGGAGAGAAGAUGGGAGGACUUGCCGGAUGGGAUGCCAAUGUGUGGGGAGCAUUACUUGGUGCAUGUAGAAUUCAUGGGAAUGUUGAAGUUGGGAACCGAGUUUGGAAAAAGCUAGCUGAUAUGGGGGUAGCUGAUUGUGGUACUCACGUUCUUUCUUAUAAUAUGUAUAGGGAAGCUGGCUGGGAAAUAGAAGCAAACAGUGUUAGAAAAAUGAUCUCAGAUGGGGGAAUGAAAAAGAAACCUGGGUCCAGUGUGAUAGAGGUAAAUGGUGUGGUUGAAGAGUUCCUUGCUGGUGGUCUUUGUCACCCACAAGCACAAGAAAUAAUUAAGAUUCUUGAUUCUUUUUUCAAAAGAGUGAAUUUGGAGGAUAUUUGA